CGGGGCCUCUCCGCUCCGCCCGCGGCGCUUCUCGCUGCGUAUAGAAGCUUCUGGAAGCUUGGGAACGGCCGACCUGGCACGAAGGACCUGCUGAUCAGAUUGUGGCACCAUUAGAAGCUGGGUUGAUCCAAAGACAGACAGAUGGCUGAAAGUGGUGAAAAAGAAAAAAUAAAAUGGACAACCACCAUUAUUAUUAGCUCAUCUCUUAAGAGUUACGAAGUUGCAACUGCCCUAGAAAAUCGAAGCCACAAGAUUCGGUAUUCAGAUUCAGUGGAAAAUGGAUCAAUUAUAUUUUCUCUUUCUGGAGUUGCAUUUUUAUUGAUGGAUGCUAAAGAAUGCUUUACGUCAGCUGAAGAAAUACUUCUAGCCAAAAUUGAGAAGUUUAUUAACAUUCACCGAAACAGUUUUUUGGUUCUUUCUGCUGCCCUUCAUGGGCUUGAGGAAUGGAAACUGAUGUUCAGGAUUCAGCAGAGAUUCCUGGGUAGUAACUUACGGAUACUUCCAGUACACAACGCAGUAAAUGCUGUUAAUCUUAUGUGCACUAUAGCUAAGGCAAAUCAGAUCAUCUCUGGAUAUGGCCUUUCCUGAUUACUGAAGAAGUAAAAACUCAUACCUUACCCUAAGGACACCUUCCUGAAGCCUCAGGGCCUCCACUGCUGCUGAAUUUUACUUGUUACCUCUUCUAUUUUUACCACAAGCUCCUUUAGGAGUCAGGAUUUAGUUUGUGAUUCAAAGGUUCUGGCCACUGACUGGGGUCAUAGCUUUCUCUACCACUUACUAGGUGUUUGCUCUUGUGCAAGUUAAAGAUCCUUCCUGUGCCUACAUUAUCUGUGAAAAGUAAAAAAUAAAGAGUACUUAUAGCAUUGUGAAGAAUAAAUGAUAUACAGCACUUGGCCAGAACAGUCGUUGCCACUGGCAGGAGGAGGGGAAUGGGUGUGGAGUAAUGAGGUGAGAAUUAACUGGAAGGGAAACAGGGAACUUCUUGUGAUGACAGUAAUGUUCUAUAUUUGAUAAGCAUUUGGAUAACACAGAUCUAUGCAUUUGUUAAAAAUUCUGACUGUAUACUUAAAAUUUGUGCAUUUCACAUUGUAUUAUUAUAUUAUAGUAUAAAUUUUAACUCAAUGAAAAACUAGACAAAUAUUUAACUCUACUUAAUGAAAUACAUGCUGAAAUAUUUAGGGGAAAGUAUGCUGAUGUUUGCAGUUUACCUUGAAAUGUAUCCAAAAAUGAGACUGAUGGAUUGAUAAAGGGUGGAGAGAUGGAUACAUGACAAAAGUAGAGUAAAAUGUUAAUGGCAGAAUCUUGGUGGUGGGUAAAUCAGUGACCACCUUAAAAUUCUCUCAACUUGGCUAUAUGUUUGAAAAACUUCAUGAUAAAAUGUUAGAAAAGAAAAAGCACUCUAGUACCAAGUAAGCACUAGUUAAUGGCAGCAAAUAACUAUUUCUGGCUAGAGAGGGAUGAAUAGGAGGUCAAGGAGGGAUGGAAACUGCUUCAGAGAGAAGGAAACUGCUACUUUUCUCAUAAACCUUCCAUUCCAAAUUAUGAUUUAAAUUAAAAAAAACACCUCUUGGGCAUCCUUAUAUAAAAAUCAAUUACUUUCCUUUCUUUUAUUACUUUCUUAAAAAAACCAACCAGAUUAACAACACAUGUGAUUCAGGUAGUUACAGUUAAUAGAGAUGACACACACAGGGAAAGCAACUAUUAGAAUAAAUUAAGUAGAAAGGGAGGAGAGGAUAAAAAGCAAAUAUAAUUUUACUGUAUGACACAUCCUCCUCAAAUAGUUUUCUAUUUAUUGAAUACAUAUAAUGAUGCACAUUAAAAAAAAAUCCAGCUUCCUACACAUUACCCAAAAGGUACUGUUAACAGAUAACAGAUUUCAGUGCUGAAUACGCUUGUUUGUCACAUCUGAUGAGGGGAUAUCAAAGUAUCAGAUAAUUUUAUUUUUUAAUUUUUAUUUAUUUAUUGCUGAGGAAGAUUCACCCUGAGCUAACAUCCAUUGCCAAUCUUCCUCUUUUUUUUUUUUGCUUGAGGAAGAUCAGCCCUGA